GUUGAAUGAUCUAACCCAUCACAUCUCAUUAGCAAAAGAGCAUUGAUUGCGAAGCCGGCUUUGUGUACGUCUCUCUGAGAGUCUGAGUCUAAGGGGAAGGAAAUCAACAUUGAAUUUUGACUGGCAUUCAAUUGGAUUGCCUCUCUGGUGUAUGAUUCUUCUUUCGACAGGUCUUUUCACUCUCUCUCUCUCUCUAUUUACUCUCUUCUCUUCUCUGCAAAGGACAACCUGGUCUUUAAUUUAAAGCCUUUAAUCCACACCACCACCCCCGACUCACUUUGCUGCUGCUGCUUACAUUUUCGUCUAAUGGGAAGAACUCCGUGCUGUGAAAAGAAAGGUCUCAAGAAGGGACCAUGGGCGCCUGAAGAAGAUGAAAUCCUUGUUCAAUACAUUAAGAAAAAUGGACAUGGAAGCUGGCGCUCUCUUCCUAAACUCGCUGGUCUCCUGCGUUGUGGGAAGAGUUGUCGACUUAGGUGGACAAAUUAUCUCAGGCCAGAUAUAAAACGCGGCCCAUUUAGCCUAGAUGAGGAAAAACUCGUCUUACAGUUGCAUGGAAUUCUAGGCAAUAGAUGGGCAGCAAUUGCAUCUCAACUGCCUGGAAGAACCGAUAACGAGAUCAAGAAUUUAUGGAACACCCACUUGAAGAAACGUCUCAUUGGUAUGGGAAUUGACCCAUUAACCCACGAACAAUCCACUUCCUUUCCGGGCUUAAACCCUAAAAUAACUGCCUCGCCAUCCACCCGUCACAUGGCGCAAUGGGAGAGUGCUCGGCUCGAAGCCGAGGCUCGCCUCUCUAGAGAAUCGUCGUUCUUCAGCGGAAGAACGACGACAAAUGAUAACGAUUAUUUCCUUAGAAUGUGGAAUUCUAAGGUUGGAGAAUCGUUUAGGAACUUACCCUUAACCGGGGAUGGGAGUAAAAAGGGCAUUACUUGUUUGAGCCCAGUUUCUCAAGCUUCAUCAUCGACCAACAACAAAUGUGAAACGGUUUCGGGCACAACCUCGGAUAUGAGGCAGUUGGUUGCGUGUGAUAUAUUCGAUGAGGUUGCGGGUUCUGAUUCGUCGGUUUCGAGUGAGCUUGAUGAUUCGUCGGAUUCGGCUUUGCAGUUGCUUUUGGAUUUUCCUAAUGAUAAUGACAUGAGUUUCUUGGGUCAUACAGAUGAUCCUAGUAUGUGUCAUUCUAUGUUGGGUGCUGAUAGUUCACCAUGAAGAACUUAUUAGGUUUUUGUUUGGAAUGUAGUUCUGGUCAGAAUAUAUGUUUUGGAUUUUGUUAGAAUAUGUCUUGUAAACCAAACAAGCAGUAGUUGCAGCAGCAAUAUGAUAUGUAUUUUAAAUAUUGGCACUCUAUGGCAAUUUUAUUAUCAUGUUCUCC